UAUUAAUAUAUCUAUUAUUCCCGACACACAUAAGAAGACGCACGUGUUAGUCCCAAUAGCAUAAGGGCGGGUAGUUUCCCAUGUGUUAGUCUUGUUGACCCGACACCACCAGUAUGAAGUUGAGCAUCCCUGUCCUUGUCGUAGCAGUGCUGGUAGUAUCCGUGACUGCGGACUUCCACUGUGGUCGGAGUGACGGUUUGUGUCAAAACGGUGGUACCUGCGACCUUGCUACUGGAGCGUGUGCGUGCGCAGCCACCUACACAGGAUACGACUGUAGCGCCCUUACAGCUGAGGUAGACCAAGGAAACUGUACCCCGACCUCUCCCUGUCAGAACGGGGGCACCUGUCACAGCGAUGGAACAUCAUACACGUGCCUUUGUGAGGAGGAAUACAUUGGGGCUGACUGUACCACAUUCCGCUAUAAAGUGACGUGCAGCCCCGACUCCAUGGCCCUUGACAUCACGCCGUUUGUACCCAGCUUCUCCGGGUCCAUCUUUGUGGAGGGGAACCAGGGGAAAGCAGCUUGUACCUUCACAGACAACGGCGGUGUCCAGCAGAUCAACAUCAACGACACCGACGCUGACUGCGGCAAUGCUGGGUAUGACAACGCUACAGGAACCACGACUCGAUGUUUCUACGUACUCUUCAACUCUAAUACAUUCACGUCACGUGACCAGAGGAUUUGCGCUGUCUGUGGAGCUGGUGACACUAUUAACAAGACCGUCGGUGCCGUCAAUGUAACUGUCAUAGACGGUGACCUUGACAGUCGCACUCUUGGAAACACCCCCCUGGACACGGACGUGGCCAUGGCGCUGUACGUGAACGGCUCCCUCAUCACCUCCCCGCUUCAGCUUGGUGACCUCGUCAUCGUCAACAUCUCACUCACAGAGGGAGGACUUAAACGCUUUGAAAGCAUCCGAGUAGAACGCUGUGUGGCCACAAAUACUAUGGCGGAAACUGACGCAAACCACAAGAAUGCCAAGUUCAUAGACGGAAGCUGCAAAUCAACCGAACUCGGUCUGCUGAUGGUGGACGUCAUGAACGGUACAGUAACCGGAGGACCAGAAGUCACCUACGGAUUCUCGGCAUUCAAAUUCAUCUUCGGUAAUUCCGUCGACAUCACGUGUGUUGUGAAAACCUGCCAGAUAGCAUCAGCAUGCGCCCCGCUAAACUCCACAUAUACGGCCGACGAAAUGUUUGGAUAA